GUUGACUCCUAUGAUGUGACUGUGGAAGAAGACCUUGGAGAAAUUCAGCUAAUAAAAAUUGAGAAGCGAAAAUAUUGGUACCAGGAUGACUGGUACCUUAAGUAUAUCACUGUAAAAACGCCACUGGGUGACUAUUUGGAGUUCCCGUGUUACCGUUGGAUUACAGAUGAAAAAGAGGUUGUCCUUCGAGAUGGAAGAGCAAAGCUCCCCCGGGAUGACAAGACCCAGAUUCUCAAGCAGCACAGACGCAAAGAGCUCGAGACCCGUCAAAAAACGUACCGCUGGAAGGAGUGGCAUCCAGGCUUUCCCCUGAGCAUCGAUGCCCAUUCUCACAGUGAUCUGCCUCGUGACAUCCAGUUUGACAAUGAGAAAGGAAUUGACUUCAUUCUGAACUACUCUAAAGCGAUGGAGAAUCUUUAUGUCAACCGUUUCAUGCACAUGUUCCAGUCUUCCUGGAGUGAUUUUGCAGAUUUUGAGAGGAUCUUUGUCAGAAUCAGCAACACAAUCUCUGAAUACGUGAUGCAGCACUGGAAGGAAGAUUUUAUGUUUGGCUACCAGUUCCUGAAUGGAUGCAAUCCUGUGCUGAUCCGGAGAUGCACAGAGAUACCCAAGAAGUUGCCUGUGACUAUGGAUAUGGUAGAGUGCAGUCUGGAGAGGAACCUGACCCUGGAGGAGGAAGUGAAGCAAGGAAACAUUUUCAUUGUGGACUACGAGCUGCUGGAUGGUGUGGAUGCCAACAAAACAGACCCGUGCACCAUACAGUACUUGGCUGCACCCAUCUGUCUGCUGUAUAAGAAUCUGGAGAAUAAAAUUGUACCCAUUGCAAUCCAGCUUGGUCAAAAGCCUGGGCCAGACAAUCCCAUAUUCCUUCCUUCAGAUGCCACAUAUGACUGGCUGCUAGCUAAAAUUUGGGUUCGUUCAUCUGAUUUCCACAUCCACCAGACAGUGACCCAUCUCUUACGGACACACUUAGUCUCGGAGGUAUUCAGCAUAGCUAUGUUCCGGCAGCUGCCUGCUGUGCAUCCCCUCUUCAAGCUCUUGGUGCCACACAUGCGGUUCACAAUAGCCAUCAAUACCAAAGCCCGAGAACAGCUUAUCUGUGAAUGUGGCCUUUUUGACAAGGCAAAUGCUACAGGCGGAGGAGGACAUGUACAAAUGGUGCAGAAAGCAAUGAAGGAUCUGACUUAUAGCUCCCUUUGCUUCCCUGAGGAGAUCAAAGCUAAAGGGAUGGACAGCAAAGAGGAUAUCCCCUACUACUAUUACCGGGAUGAUGGCAUUAAAGUCUGGGAGUCUAUAAAGAGUUUUGCAGAGGAUGUGAUUCACAUCUACUAUGAGAGCGACGAGGUGGUGUGUGAGGAUGUGGAGCUCCAGGCCUUCAUCAAAGACAUUUACGUCUAUGGGAUGAGGGGCGUGAAGGCUUCAGGGUUUCCUAAGAUGAUCAGGACACGAGAGAAGCUAGCAGAAUAUCUCACGGUGAUAAUAUUCACCACAUCGGCCCAGCAUGCAGCUGUGAAUUUUGGUCAGUAUGACUGGUGUUCCUGGAUUCCCAAUGCCCCACCAACAAUGCGCCGCCCUCCUCCAACAGAAAAGGGGACCGUCACCAUCGAGCAAAUUGUGGAGAGUCUGCCAGACAGGGGACGUUCUUGUUGGCAUCUUGGAGCUGUCUGGGCCUUGAGCCAAUUCCAGGACAAUGAACUGUUUCUGGGCAUGUACCCAGAUGAACACUUCGUGGAGAAGCCGGUGAAAGAGGCUAUGGCAAAAUUCCGCAAGAAUCUGGAUGAGAUCGUCAGUGCCAUCGCCGAGCGCAACAAGAACAAAAAGCUUCCUUACUACUACCUUUCCCCAGAUCGCAUUCCCAACAGUGUUGCUGUUUGAGCAGAUAGCCCGGAGAGUUUGGAGGCGUGUAAAGCUAAUGAUCUUUCCUGUUACAUAUGCUUCUUUUCAAUGAGCUUUCAGAAAUGGAUAAAAUAAGAAACCACCCUCUCCAUUAGAGCUGACCUAUAGUCUAUUUGGACUUUCAAAACAAAUUUGAUUAUGACUGAUCUGGCAGACAUAGUCUAGUUGACAAUCCUCUAGGUCAACUUUGUUACAAGUUUAU